UUAUCUCCAUCGUAUUCCCCUCAAUCCUACAACUGUCUUGGUAUUGAUCAUCUUGGGUUCCACCGCUUAUCAAUGUUGUCGGGGAUUUCAGGAUGGUGGUUCCCGAGUUCGGAACACCGCCAGGUGGAUCAAUCGGGCAGCGUAAUCCCAGUCGGUUUUCUAGAUCGACCGGGGGGUCUAUGAGGAUCACACAUAACCACUAUCGGUCCUAAUUUGUUGGACUCAUUGAGGUCUUCAGAUGAACCCCGUCUGUCCAAGAAACGCGCAUCCGAUGGUCGGACAAGGAUGUGGAGAGACUGCUAUGAUGGCUUGCCCUAAGAGAUUCUUUGUUUCUUUGUUAUACCAGCAUCUAAUGAGGGGAGAGGCAGGUCUAGUCCAAUCUUGGAAUGAGGGAAAAUGACAAAGAAUUCCCCAGGAGCAAAACUCUCUCCCUCGAGGGUGAAGGCUCUGGAGAACUAUCACCUCUUUCGACAGUGUGCAAGAUGUCGCUCAGUGAUCCUUUCCAAAAACGCAAAGACCCUUUACAAGACCAUGGCGCUCUUGUAUCCCGACUACAUUGAGGAGUCGCUCCUAAAGGAUGGCGCUCUUAGAGUGGACGAUCCUGAUUUGGCAUUCAUGUUGGACGAGAAAGACUUUGUGGAUGCUCGAGAGGCAUUGCGUGAAGAAUCUCUUAUUUACAAGUCAACCGAGAGCGGGAUUCUACUUAUGAACCGGCAUCACCGGGAUGCUGCUAUCAGCCGAAUGACGAUGAAUGAACGGAAACAGGCCCUCUAUCUCAGCAUAGACAUUCUCUCCGCACACUUUCCAGACACGUAUAGUGCCGACGUGGGCCACCAGGCUGCCUCCUCGAGCUAUUGUGAGAAGAGCUUGCCGCAUAUAGAAAGCAUUAUCAAGCAAAAUGAACACUACAAGGUCUUUGAACCUAGGAAUCAAGAAUUUGCGGAGUUGCUGCUUCGCUGUUCUUGGUAUCUUUAUGAGAGGGAGGAUUACAGCAUCGCACUGUCGUACGUUGAGAUAACACUCAAGAAGUUCGACGAAAAAGGCUCUCUUCCGUACGCGAGUGCUAUUGAUCUUCGGGGCUUGAUCAACCUUGACAUCUGUCGCCCCACAGAUGCCCUAGAGUCUUUCAAAGAAGCAUACAAGCUACGUACAGCGAUACUCCCAGACAACGACCCCUUCCUGGCCGCCAGCCAGGUCAACAUCGGUCUUGCAUACACAGAGCUCGGAGAGCACGAAAAUGCUCGAGAGUAUCUCCAGCAGUCGAUCAACAUUCGCUUGAUGCACGAUAGUGAUAGAAUCGGCAAUUCGUAUAGCAUUAUGGCCAGCUUGCUGCUCAAAACGGGUGACCCUAGUGGGGCAGAGGCAAUGCUCAAGAGUUGUCCUUCCCUAAAGGAUUUCUCGGAUGAGACUUUUCUGAAAACCGGCAAUCCGCGGUUUUCUGGGUACGUACUGAUUUUUGACAUGAAAUGCCGCUUGUUCUCAGACUAACAUGAACUAGUGAUAUGGUCCUGCUCAGUAGGAUCAAGUUUGAGCAAGGGCUCCUGGACGAAUCACUUAGAUUUGCUUCAAAGGCUCUGACCUUCCGAAAGAGUUGUUUGGGCGAGCGCCUCAAAGUCUGUGAUUCCCUGCAUCAGGUAGCUGUCCUUCUUCAUCGCAGCGACAACACCGGAUUAGCGGUGCAGCUACUCGAGGAAUGUAUAAAAAUAUCGAGAGGGCUCGCACCCAUUGAGGGAGUAGG